UGGGUUGGCUAGCAAGCGAGGAAGAGGCUAGAUAGAAAUGGCGGUGACGGCAAGGCGAGCAGCAUGAAGUGCUGAUGCAUUACAUGGAUCGAAACUCACGACUGCCAGGACAACGUUGGGAAAAUGACAAUGACGUCGAAGUAGGACACCUUUUGUGACGGUCAUUACACACCUACAACACCUUCCCGGGAGAGUUUUCAUCUUGUCAGUGGAAGAGAGAAAAUCUCACCGGGAGCAUGGCUUCUUACAGCAACCAGUACAUCUUCGGGGAAUUCAGCCCUGAUGAGAUCAAUCAGUUUUUUGUGACUCCACGAUGUUAUGUCGAGCUUCCUCCGUUCAACGACAAAGUCCCGUGCGUCACUCAGUCUUCUGGAAGUUACUGCACUCCUGCUGUACCUUAUAUUAUGGAGUCUAUGGGACUGCAGGUUUGCGCAGAAGACUAUCAACGCAUUGAGUUUGGUGUUGACGAGGUGAUGGACUCCAAGCCUGUUGGGGUGAACGAUCCUUUGUUCAAGGUGUCGAGCACCCUGAACCCCCAGGCUCCAGAGUUCAUCCUGGGCUGCCAGCCGGCCCAGAAGGCUCAACAGACGGCUCCUCCAGCAGCUGAUGUCCCUGAUGGAGCUGACUUCAACUCGCUGGAUGGCCCUGACUCUGAGGCCUCAGCCAUGGACAAUCACCAGACCUGCCAGGACAUGGACGGACUCCCUGGCAGCCUGGGACAACGAGAGAGGAAGAAAAAGAAAAAGCGACCGCCGGGGUAUUACAACUACCUGGACCCGUCAACGGGCAGUAACAGCAGCAGUGCAGCAGAUGGGACGCCUGUGACAGCACUGGUGAACGGACAUGCAAUGGGCGGCCCACACCACAUUGCUGAAGAUGUGGACGGUAAGGCAUUAUCAGGGGCUGAACUUUCCACCCCUGGACCUGUCUCCACGGCAACAUCUACAGCUGCUGUGGCAGCAGCCAAGUUUGCCCCCACAUCCACUGCCAAUCAGAGGACUUGUGAUAGCCCUGAUGACUCUUCUUUGGACUUAACAAGUGGAGCUGCCUCUUUAUCAGAUGGCAACAAUGCAACUUCCUCCUCUUCAUCCUCCUCUCAAAGCAGAGGGAUGACAGAGGGACCGAGGACUGCAGAUCAGCAGCCAGAUCAUUUGGCUCCACAGAGCCCCGAACUUUCAGAUACUCCACACAGCCCGCGCUCCAAAUCCCCUCUUCCUCCUUCAGCUGCUGUGGCCACCCCCUCUGUCACCACUUCCAUUAAGACUACUGAACUGGAGGGAACGGAGCUAGCAGACAGCGGGGUGGCCAAUGGGAUAGCAGAGCCUGAUACUACCAUCAGUGCAGAUGAACACAAAGAAGACUGUGAGAGUGGGGAACAGGCUCAGCAGGUCUGCCCAGACUCCGCUGCCCAGUCGGUAGUGACAGAGCAGGCCCAUUCGCCUGUGAUUCCAGCUGCACCUACUGCCAACCUCCCCAAAUCUUGGGCUAGCCUCUUCCACAACUCCAAGCCUCUGCCUGGGGGCCCUCAGGCCUUUGUGGAGGUAAAGAAUGUUGUGGAAGUUGUGCCUCCCUCCCUCGCUACGCCAGAGCAGCCCGAGAAAGUUGGGGAGGUCAAAGAAGGCCCUGUCCACGUUUCAGAGGAUCCUAUGGCCCCUAAACUUGCAGAACUUAUUGAGAAUGUGAAGUUGAUACAUAAACCAGUGUCUUUGCAGCCGAGAGGACUGAUCAACAAGGGAAACUGGUGCUAUAUCAACGCUACCCUACAGGCCCUGAUUGCGUGCCCUCCCAUGUAUCACCUGAUGAAGUCCAUUCCUCUGCAUAAUGAAACGCAGAGACCGUGCACCUCCACACCCAUGAUGGACAACUUCGUAAGGCUGGUGAACGAGUUCAACAACAUGCCUGUGCCAUCUAAAGCCAAACAGCAAGCUGUUGGUGAUAAGGUCAUGAAAGACAUUCGGCCCGGUGUACCUUUUGAACCGACCUACAUUUAUAGACUCCUCACUCUCAUCAAGUCAAGUCUCUCUGAGAAGGGUCGACAAGAGGAUGCGGAGGAGUAUCUUGGCUUCACUCUCAAUGGACUGCACGAGGAGAUGCUGGCUUUGAAAAAACUAAUCUCGCCUCAGGAAGAGAAAGCUCCCACACCCAAUGGGCCAGAGUCCCAGCCAGGUGUGGAGGAAGAUGUGGCUGAUAAGGAGGAAGAAGGUAGUGAGGACGAGUGGGAGCAAGUUGGCCCCAGAAACAAGACUUCCAUCACUCGCCAAGCUGACUUUGUCCGCACACCCAUCACUGACAUAUUUGGUGGGCACAUCAGAUCGGUGGUGUAUCAACAAAACUCUAAAGAGUCGGCCACUCUGCAGCCUUUCUUUACCCUGCAGCUGGACAUCCAGUCAGAGAAGAUACGCACAGUCCAGGAGGCUCUGGAGACCUUGGUGGCCAGAGAGUCAGUCCAGGGCUACACCACAAAAACCAAGCAGGAGAUUGAGAUCAGUCGGAGGGUGACUCUGGAGGAGCUCCCCCCUGUGCUGGUGCUCCAUCUCAAGAGAUUUGUUUUUGAGAAGACUGGAGGCUGCCAGAAGCUGACAAAGAACAUUGAUUACCCCGUUGAUCUGGAAAUCAGCAAAGAUCUCUUGUCCUCUGGAGUGCGGAGCAAAGUUGUGAAAGGCCAAAGAACUUACAGGCUCUUUGCAGUUGUCUAUCACCAUGGGAACAGCGCGACAGGCGGUCAUUACACCACGGAUGUCUUCCACAUUGGUCUUAACGGCUGGCUGCGCAUUGACGACCAGACAGUGAAGGUCAUCAACCAGUACCAGGUGGUGAAGCAGACUGCAGAGCGCACCGCCUACCUGCUGUACUACCGCCGCGUCGACCUGCUGUAGACACAUGCAUACACAUCCCAACACACACGCAAGAAUACCCGAAUAUACCCACCAACGCACACCAGACAUACAUGCUCCAAAUGCACUCGUUGACAGGACAGUACAUCCACACAUGACACAAACACACAUAUAAAACUAAUGAACAGGAACACUGCCCAACUUGUUCUCUUGCAAGAUUUUCCUCUUCUUCCCUCCUGUCCCCGCUUUCCUGAGAACCAGCUUUUCCGACACCUUUUUCCUUGUCUCUUUUUUCUUUUUGGAGGAAGAGAAACGGGCUGCAUUCACAAAGGUUUCCCUGUGACUGCUCUCUCUCUUCUCUGUGCACCACUGCUGUUUUUUCUUUUUUUGUUUUGUCCUUUUUUGUUUUUACUUUUAAAGCAGCGAGGAAAGGACUGUUGAACAGACAGAGGUGGGGUUGAGGUUUACAGGUUAGGACCUGAGGCUCACCUCUCACUGAGCCCGCAGCUCGGCUCAGAUAGCAAACAGUGGACUCACACACAGGAAGAACUAUCUACCACAGGCUGCAAGUGGACCGCUGGGGUAACUUCUCUUGUUUGAAUUACCUUUUCUAAGGAAAUGACCUAGAAAUAUCAGUGUUUGCCUUUUAUUAAAGGGGGAACUGUUGGCCUAAUGAAUUUGCAGCAGUUUAAAAGCCUAUUUGAAUUUGCCCUCGUGCAUUGAACAGGCCCAGCACCAGCAUUAUCACGAGUCUCUCCUCCCAAGGCCAGAUUGUCUUCUUUGCCACCAACACAAACAACUCCUCCAUUUCCUCACUUUUAUGAUGCUUUUAAAUCUCGGUACAACUUGAGCCAUCAACAACAGGAGAAAAAAAAAACAUGGGUAGUACAUCGAGGACUGAACAGCUUCCUUGUUUGAGAGAUCCUUGUUAUGGUAUCUGGGUUUAGAUUUAGAAAGACUAUCUAAAAAAAAUAUUAAUGCGCUUUAGAAUUUAAUAACAAAUAAGCUUCUGUGCACAAAGUAUAAACUGAUUGAUGAUUACGAUAUGACAGGCAAAUGCAUAUUUUGCAAAUAUUUAGAUUAAAAUGUAAAAAAAAAAUAUAAAAAAAUAUAAAAAAAAAUAAAAUCUAGCUGACUGAAAACUUGUUUGGGUCCUAAAGGGCCGCGCUAGUUUUUAGCCUCAGUUAUUGCACUGGAGAGAUGGCAACCAAUCAAGACAGAUUCCACUGCAAAACCUGCCCUUGUUUACUUUGUACAUUUCCUUCUCUAUCCAUUCUUUUUUUUGUCUUUACUUGUCUAAAGGUUCCACCUGUGUAUAGGUGGCUUAUCAGUGUAGUUUUGAGCCACACCACCCCUCUUACCCCCCAACUCAGCAGAAAGCGGGGGCUGCCUUAGGUUCAACGUGUGAUGUUUUUUCCACUCAGUAUACAAGUCUAACCCUAAUCAGUCGCCAACAGCAAGUCUAAUGUCUGUGAGGAGUUAGGGGAAUGUACCUGACACCUAUGUAUUUAAUCUUUUGUGGCUCAGCAUUUCCUCCUAGUCGAGGGAAACUGAGGGGAAGUGGGACUACAUCUGUGCUAAGCUCUGCAUAAAAACCAACCCCGGACAUGUGCGCAAAAGGAGAUAGUGUUUGCUUUUUGUUGAAGAUAUUGAUUUUUUUUUUUUCUUUUUUUUUGGAUCAUUCAUUGAUUGUGAUUUUGUUUUGAGUUACUAAAAGAUGUUUUUUCUUUUUGUCAUUAAUCAUUUAUUGGAUGUCCCCAUGCUCUCGCUCCCUUCAGAUUAAAAAAAGAUGCUUGCAUUUGAAUUGGUGUUUGAAAAGAAAUUACACAGGCUAAAGCACAACAAUGAAUAAAAUUGAAAUAGUUCUUUGCUUGAUAUUUAUUUCCUUUUUUUUUUUUUUCCUUUUUUUUUUUUUUUUUUUUGUUUGGUCAUAUUUUUCCUUUUUUUUUUUUUUAUUUUGCUCAAGACCCAUUUCAUUCCAACCACCAGUGUCAGAAUCUCAGUAUUAACACUUUACAAGUGUUUCCAAGUAUUUCCACACGGCUUGUGUACAAAAGUCCUCCUUUUUGUCUCACGCAUAGUUAAUUAACGAAGGUACACAGGUGAGAAGGUGGUUGUCCCACAGUUUCCUGCCUCAGAUCAGAGAUGGUGCAGUGUAAAACCAUUUUCCUGUGUUUAUUUUAACACGUCCCAUACGGUGCUUGGUUGUAACUUCACAAAGACUGACCAGGUUCAGUCCCAGUUUCAAGUGAAAUUUAAGUCAUUUUUCAAAAUAACAUAAUUUCACCUUAAAUUAUUUUUAGCCUCUGUAAUUUAACAUUAUGUGGUGCAAUUGAGAAAUUGACUUUUUCUUUUGGGUUCCAAAGUCGGAAACCUUCCCCAGGUAAACCAAAGGACACAUUAAUAUAGGCCCUGCUGCCUUUCCUCCAGUAUAUAUAUCCAAACAUUAUUUUUGCCUUCUCCAUCCGAGGUCUUGUUGCCAUGUCCACGACUCAUUCCACGCAGGAGACGGAGGCAUGCCAUUUAGACGGUCGACACACAUCUUCUAACUUUAAUGAUAGCUCAGUUGUGCUGCUGGCUUUGUAGUCAUAUCUGCACAAAUUGUGACAUUGUUAAUUUGCAUACUUUUCUUUCCCCUUUUUUUGAAGAAUGUUUGGGAGUGGGGACUUUGAACGGACACCUUGAGCUUUCUGUUGUACAGUUUUAUCUCAGUCUCUCAUGGCUGGUCAGGAAAUGUGCUGGUGAAAUGCUUCAAUAAUGUCUCUCUUUUCAGUAUGUGCUCCUAACACUAUUGUCUGCUGGGAAUUGUUGGGAUAUUGACCUUAAAAAGAAAAAACAAACAAAAAAAAAACAAAAUCUAUACUGUCUUUUAAUUUUAAGCCUCCAGCAUUCUAUUUUGUUAAUUGUUCAAUAAAGGAUUGUGCAAAAAGCAGUUUGCUAAUGAA